AACAAUGGCGGAGCUCAAAGAGGCAGACGCUGCUGAGCUACACCAGGAGGACGUCGAUAUCAAACGUGGAGAUGGUGGAGAGGCAAUGUCAGCUGGUGACCAAGCUGGAGAACAGGCUGUGAAGACUGAAGCUGCUGCAGACAGCGAUGCUAAACCUUCAACCACAACUGCUGAGAGACACAUCUCCAUCCAAACUAAACUGGAGGGCCUCGAGGGGCUGGUUGACCUCAAUGGUGCGGGACGGAAGUCGUGUCCUCUGUGCCCUGAGGAGAAGUUUAAAGCCUGCUACAGCCACAAGCUCCGGCGACACCUGCAGAACCUCCAUUGGAAAGUCUAUGUGGAGUUUGAAGGCCAGAAGAUGUGCAUCUGCCACCUGCCCUGCAGAAACCUGAAGCCCAGCCUGAGUGGAGAUCCGGCCUCAGGGAGACACGUGGCUCACUACCACUGUGUGGUGUGUUCUGUCACCAUCGCCCGCAAGACGGAUAUGAUCAGCCAUCUGAAGCGACAUGUCAACAAAGGAGAGACUGAAGCCAGCUACUCAGGGAGCUCAGACGUGCCGUUUGAGGAGCCGGCUCCGUCUGGUCAGGCGUAUGAAAUCAUGAAAGAACUUGGAACCAACGUCCAGCUCCUCCCAAACCACACCACCCCUCAGAAGAGUGACACCUACUUCAACCGCAAGAUGAAGACCAACAGGCAGCUGGUGUUUUGUUCGCUCGCUGUUCUGGCGGAGGAGAGAAGCCCGAUCGAGUGUCUGGAUGCUUUUGGAGCCACAGGGAUUAUGGGCCUCCAGUGGGCGAAGCACCUUCGUAAUGCAGUCAAAGUGACCAUAACAGACAUCAGCGACACAUGCGUCAAAAUGAUCAAAGAGAACUGUGAACUCAACCAUAUCCGGGUGGACGGAGGCUCUCGAGGUCCCCGGGGGCCCGAUGGGACCAGCAGUGAAGGAGAGGGAGCGCCCAUCGCUACAGUGGAAGUCGCCAAGAUGGAUGCCAACGUCACCAUGCACCUGUGGCCCUUUGACUACAUUCAUUUGGAUCCAUUCGGGACAGCAGUGAACUACCUGGAUGCGGCCUUCAGAAACGUCCGGAACCUGGGGAUCAUCUCUGUGACAUCCACAGACACAGGCUCUCUGUACGCCAAGUCUCCCAAUGUCACCCUGCGUCACUAUGGCUGUCACAUAGUACGCACUGAGUAUUACAAAGAGCUAGCUGCACGCAUGGUGGUAGCCACUGUGGCCAGAGCUGCAGCUCGCUGUAAUAAAGGCAUUGAGGUGCUGCUGGCGGUGGCGUUGGAGCAUUUCGUCCUGGUGGUGGUGAGAGUCCUCAGAGGACCUACACAGGCUGACGAGUCAGCAAAGAAGUUAAAGAAACUGGUCCAUUGUCAGUGGUGUGAGGAGAGAGUCUUCCUCAAACAGGGAAACAUGGUGGAUGACACGCUGCCCUGUAAUUGCCAUGGAAGUCUGCCUGGAAAGACAGCGGUGCAGCUGGGACCAUUAUGGUCUGGUCCUUUGUUUAACACGGGCUUCCUGAGGAGGAUGCUGUCUGCAGCGGUGAAGCACAGCAUGGACGACAUCCAGCCGCUUGUCAAAACUCUGAUCUGCGAGUCCGAGUGCACCACCCUCAAGUCUUUAGUCCAUGGGCCGUCCGCUCUCACCAACCAGGUGGAGUGUGGAGUCGUCAUUAAGACCUUACAGAGCGGAGAGGAGUCGGGUCCUGCUGAGCAGUCUGGGAAGAGGAAGACGGGAGAAGAGUCUGGGAACGUAGUGAAGAAGCUGAAGUGUGAUGCAUCUCUGGAUCACCCACCCUUCUACUACAGCAUCCACCGCCACAGCAUCAGAGGCAUGAACAUGCCAAAAUUGAACAAGUUUCUUCAGUACCUGACAGAGGCCAGCUUCAGGGUGAGUCGCACUCACUUCGACCCAACGGGAGUUCGAACCGACGCCACACUGGAGCAGUUUAAAUCUGUCCUCACCAAGUACAGCGUCCCCACAUACACCAACAGCUCCACCACUCAGACGAGCGUAAGCACGGAGAAGACAGUGUGAAAGAAACAAGCAGGAACAAGGUCGACUCAAACUUUCCACGCUUUGAAAACAAAAUGGGUAUUUUCGUCUUGUUUCUACUGCACCUCUGCUGUUUCUGUUAACCUAAACAAAGUUCUGACUGCACUGAUACCUAAAGCAAACCCACCGACUGCUCUCUGUGGACGCGCUUUAACUAGAACAAAAAAGAAACUCUGUAAUCAAACCAAAACUGAUUUUUAUUUAAAAUGCAAACCAAACUGAUCCUGCAGCACAGAUGAGCCCAAUGUUUCUGCUGUUUCUCUAUUUAUUUCAGAUUUCUCUUGAAAAGUUUGUUUUUAUUUUCUAGCUGGUUUAUUGUCUUUUUCUGUUUCUCUUGUCUUAUAAAAACAUAAUAAAAAUCUCUCUGCAAAG